CAUCUUCUUUGCUGGUGUGUCCAGACCAAAAGAGAUCUACGUCAUUGCUGCAAAUUACCUACAAUCUCUAGAUUAGAGGAAAGAUCCCGAGGUCAUGAAAAAUAUCAUAGGUUUCUACACCAAAGGUCGGGCAUUAGACGCUCUGGCAUCAUUCUAUGAUGCCUGUGCUCAGGUGGAAAUCGAUGAGUAUCAAAAUUAUGACAAGGCACUUGGUGCACUGGGCGAGGUGUUUAAAUGUCUUAGCAAGGCCAAGAUGACAGACGAAGCUCUACAAGAAGAGAGAUUAGGUCAACUAAAGAAUAAAAUCACACUAAUAAAGAAACUUGUGAAUGCCAGAAGGAUAUAUGAUGAAGAUUCAGAGGAGGCUAUCAAACAGUGUCAGGUACUUCUAGAGGAACCAGAUCUUGACAGUGCUGUCAGAAUAGGCGAUGUUUAUGGCUUAAUUAUUGAACAUUAUGCCAGGAAAGAGCGCUGGAAGGCUUAUGUAUUUUACUGUACAAGUCAGCUUAUUUGCAAAUUAUGA